AUGCCUGUUGGCCUAGGUGCUGCCGCCUAUGCUUGUCUGUAUUCCAGAACCUCAAAACGAGAAGACCUCAAAAUUCGCUACGAUAUGUUGUUGGCGCGCUCGCAGCUUCCACAUAGCCUUAGAAGACCAAUGCCACCCUGCGAAGGACCAAAGCUGUCAGCGUUCAAGAGAGGGGGGCUUGCUAUCCACUUCAUAAAGCUUCUCAGUUCGUCGCCGCGCUUGGACGGAUCUGAAGGAGCCGAAGGAAGCCACAGCUAUGUCUUCAAAGUUCGCAUAGGUAAGAAGAAGUAUGCACUGAAGGUGUUCAAGUUCUUCAGUGUCGAGCACGAACGCUCUUCAGUAUCUCCUACCGAUAAGGUCAAGGCAAGCGAUGAGAUAAUCGCUUAUCACUCUGAUCCAUUUUUUGCAGAGUGUAGAGCAUACGGAAUUCUCCUCCUCAACCCUAUAUCCACGGCGCCAUAG